AUGAAGAGGAUAAACGCACGCCCCUUCAUGCUUCACGUCAAACCUGAGCAAAGCGACGUGACUGAAAUGACAAUAAAAAAAGAGGAUGCGCCUUUUCUUAGCCUGGCAGCCGCGGGAGCGCGCCGCGCCUCUGUCACGCGCUUCUUACUCAGCCAAAGCCCCCACAAGGUCACCGUUCUCUUUUCAAGGGUGCACCUGCGCGCAAAGGGGGCAUCUUUUGGUAAACGCUGAAACAAGACGCACACCUUGUGCUGUCGCUGUGGGGUCCAGGCUUAUCACCUGCAGGCUGUGGUUGACAAACAAAAUUACUUGUCUUCAUCAGUUUCACCUAAGAGGGAAAAAAUGCUCUUACAAACCUUUUCAUCAUGUUUUUGUUUUCCCUUUUUAUUUUUUAGAAAUGGUUUCCGGGAAGGUACCACCCCCAAACCCAGACGUGCUGCAGUGGCCGCCUCCAGCUCAUCCUAAAUGACACGAUUUUUGACUAAAAUAAAUGGGAUGUUAAACAGGA